CUACAAAUACCACCUUGAUCAUCACCUACAAACCUAACACUCAUCGCAAACAGAAAUAGCUAGCAGAAUAUCAGUUAUUUCCACUCUCAAUAUCGUCAUACAUUUGGCUUCAAAACACAAAUAUUGUAACCUCGAUCAGUAUCCUUUCGUAUAUAUCGAUCUUUCAUACAUAGAUAGAUAUAUCAUGUCUUCCAAAAUCGUUGUUCUCCUUGUUCUGGUAUCAUGUCUCUAUAUGCAUAUGUAUGCAUGCAAUGCCGGCCGAGUUCUAGGCUUCUCUGUUAAGGAAAGUGGCAGUCAAAUCCACGAUUCUGUUAAUGAGGGCGUAGAGAAAGUAUUGAUCCAACUUUCGGAGACCACGUCAAUGCCAUCAUCAACUCGGAGGCCUUCCAUGUCAGUAGAAGUGAAAAACCCUGAAACAGUAGUCACCCACGAGAAGGCUGACUUUUCGAGGAAACAAGGAGAAUCUGCCACUAAACCAACUUCAUCAGGACAUGAUAUUCUUACAUUAUCUACUUCUUCUCAGAUUGACCUGCAAUAUCAAGUUGAACUGAAGGGAUUGAAGAGGCAGGCACGAUCGGUACUGGGAUCUGCAAUACAAGACGAUGAUAUUGAGGAGGAUCAUAAUACAGAUUCUGAGGGAAGUUCAAAUGAAGCAGCUAUCGAUGAGGAUGUCGGUGUCAUGGACUAUGCAAACCCUCACAGGAAACCACCCAUUCACAAUCAAAAGCCCUAGAAAUUCAUGCACACUUUCAUAUCAUACCAACCAGCUUCCUAGUUACUUGUGAUGAGUUUGUAUACUUUGUUCUAUAGCUAGUUCUUGAAAAAAUACAGUAAUUUCCUUGGUGGGUUGGUAUCACAUUUGUAAUUUAUGAAAAUUCUAUGAUAAAAAUAAUAAAAUUGCUUAGAAAAGAACAAAAAAAUAAAGAUUCUGUCUUCUUCA